ACUAUACUUUAUCGCGGUUCAAAACCUGUCGAUCUGCAUUCCAGUGUGCUGGUGGACGCCAAGCGUCGUGUUCUAUGAGAGGUUGAUCCUAUCAAAACUCACAAAGAUUUUCGUGAAAAAAUGAAACAAUUUGCUAAAAAUUAAAUCAUUUAUUAUUUCUAUCAUAUAAGAAAGAUUGUGAUCAAUUCACGGGAAAGUCAAAGAUCUGGAACAAAUAGGUCGUACGGCUGGAUUGAAGAAAAAAGGAAAGUUUCGAUCAAUUGGAGAAUCAAAGAUAGAAAAAAAAAUUUCAGGAAUUGAGGUUCUCUGGAUCAACAUCAAGUUGCAGAAACAAAAAAAAUGUGUCAAGAUGCGAUCUGUGCCCUUUCCAUGUGGCAUUGUUACGAUUCUAUUUUAUGUCUUAGCCAGUCUUGUAUAUGGGCAAAGGCAGGAAUUAGGCAUGUCUUUUACCAGACAUCCACAACCACUGGAUGCACCAAUAGGCGAUGACGUGAAUUUUGAAUGUAAUUUGAAUCUUGGCGCAGAACGUUUUUCUUGGCGCCAUAGACCAUUGAGUUCAGAUAAAUGGUUGCCAGUUUUUCACACAAUUAGUAAUGGUGGCAAAACAUCUAGGCAUGUGGUAAAAUUUGAUAAUGAAUCGAAAGCCGGAGAUUAUCGUUGUAUAGCUUUUUAUGGUUCAAGUGGUUUAGCUUCUGAUCCGGCAAGAUUAACAUUAGCUACACUACACAAGUUUUCUGAUAAAAAUGAUGUUAUUAUAAAUGUUCCAACAGGAAAUAUUGUACCUAUUACAUGUCCUGUACCUUAUUCUGCACCAGAAGCAAUAGUUCAGUUUUAUAAAAACAAUAAUCUCAUACAAAAUGUUAAUAUAAUUGGUAGCAAAACUAUGAUCAUUGAGAAUGCUAAAAUAUCAGAUAGUGGAUCUUACCAUUGCACUGUUAGCAAUUAUAUAACUACACAAAUAUAUUCAAGUAAUUAUAAAACAAUUUUAAAUGUACAUAAAAAUAUUAGUUUUUUAGCACCAUAUUUUGUUAAACAACCACAAACAGAAUACAAAGUUUUACGGGGCAAAAAUAUAACAUUAGAAUGUUUUGGUGCUGGUUAUCCAGUACCUUCUGUUACAUGGAGUAGAUUAGGCAGUCCAUUACCAUCAAAUUCCAUAAAAAAUUUGAUAGGUUUAAUGAUAAUUAAUGUUCAGCCAUCAGACAGAGGAGAGUAUGAUUGUAUGUGGAGUAGCAAUAAUGCACAUAUAAAAUCUGUAAUUAUAUUAAAAGUCAUGGAAGCUCCAAAAGUAAUUAAACCACCGAAAGCAUCCACAUUCUCUGAAGGUGGAGAAUUAGAACUUUCUUGUGCAGUAACUGGCGAACCACAACCAAAAAUUGAAUGGUUAAUUAAUGGAGAAUCUUUAAUACCUAGUGAUAAUGUGGAAAUCAAAGGUUCUACACUUCUUAUAUCUGAAGUUGAGAAAAAACAUGCUGGUAUUGUCCAGUGUGUUGCAAGUAACGAAUAUGGGUCUCAUUCUGGUUGCAAUUUGCUAAGAGUAAAUCCUAAACAACAUAUUGGAACAACAGAAAUCAGACAGGAUUAUGGAAUUUCUAAUUCAAAACAUAAACACACUAGAGGAGGAGGUAGACGAAGAAGUAAGGAAGGGAAACAUAAAGGCACUGCGGUGCUAGUACCACCGAAUCAACCAAAUGUCACAAGACUUUCAGAUGUGUCCGUAAUGGUUAGAUGGUCUGUACCUGAAAAUACAGGACUGCCAAUUCAAUUUUUUAAAGUUCAAUAUCGAGAACUUGGACAAAAGAUGAAUGGCAAACAAGCCAAAUGGAUGACUGCAAAUUCAGAAAUACCGAAUAAUGUACGGGCUUUUGAAGUAACCGAUUUACAACCUGAUCAUACUUAUCGAUUUAGAAUUGCUGCAGUUUAUUCAAACAAUGAUAAUAAACUUAGUCCAAAUUCCGUACGUUUUCAUCUUAACAAAGAUGGUGGAAUCGAAAGUAAUAAAAUGCCUAUACCUUUAUUAACGAAUACUGAGGCUUUAGGUCCGCAUGAAGUAUUACUCAUUUGGCAAAAUUCAGAUAAAUCGGCAAAUAUCGAUGGUUUUUAUGUAUACCAUCGAGCCUCUACUACAGCUGGAGAUUAUAUAAAAACUACAGUUGAAGGCAAAGAUUCUUUCAAUAUAACUAUUUCUCACUUGCAACCAGAUACGACAUACGAGUUUAAAGUGCAAAGUUUUUCUGUGGAUGCUGCUUCAGAAUUUUCUCAAAUUCUUCGACAAAAAACAAAAAAAUCUUUGAACAUGAAUGAACAUAAUAAUUACAAUAAUCGAAAUGAUCAUAGUAGCAAUUUAACAUUAGAUAAUCGCGUAAGACCUGCAGACGAUAAAAAUGUGAAUAUGUAUGCCAUAAUUGGCGGAGUUCUCGGAGGAUCAACCUUGCUAGGUAGUUUAACUGCAGUUGCAGUAAUAUAUAAAAGAACAAAAUACAAACAAAGUCGAGAAUCAUCGCAAAGUGAAGGAAAACCAAUAACAAAUGGAAGAAUAAUGAAUGGUGGAGUAACUGAUUCAAAAAUAAACAUAACUUCAAAUCCACUUGCUGGUCUUGAUACAUCUGAAGAUAUAAUACAGCCUAAGGUCGGUAUUUCUUUAGCCAUUGGUCGCGUGUUCUUUAAAUUCUACUUGCACAUUCUCUGCACUCUCUCUGGAAGCCGCUUUUCUUUUGUAUUUUCCGAACAUCACAUACGUACGUUAUAUAUUAUCUAUAUGUCCAUGCUUCUUUGUGAGUGAAAUUUGAAAGAAGCGAAAUGUUUCUAAACAGACCGGACAACAGUCGCAGAUGGAAAUGGCUUCGUUUCUUAAUGGACAAAACAACAGCAACAACAACCAUAACAGUGAUACUGUUGGAACUGACCAGUGAAGAUCAAUAGACUGAGAUCUCUCUUUGCUCCAAGGAUCGCUAUCGAACAGCUUCUCUGCAAACAACCAUUUUAUAUGUGCUUCGAAAAAUCCUCGUACUCAGGCCAUAUAUUUUCAGAUAGAAGUUACAUCAAACUUUUAUAAAGAACGCCAAUAUUUCCGUUGUGACAAGAAUCAAGACAAAGAUGUACAAACGUUAAUACUGCAAUGAUAUUUUUUUUUAGUGAGACUUUAAAGAAACUUUAGUCAUCAGUUAGAUUUACAAAUGAAUAAUCCAUUUCAAGACAGUUACAGGGUGUCAUAAUAGGUAUGCUCAAAUAUUUCGAUCGAAAUUGUUAGACACGUAUUUGCCUAACGAUCGUAUAUUACGAAUUCAAUUUUUCCCAUUGCACGGUAAAUUGCGAUUUUUUAAAGCUCAAGAUAGAAUAAGGAAUUCGUGAUCGAUCAUGAAAUGGUUAAAAUUUGCAAAGUACCUGUCUAAUAUCUUCUUUGAUUUCUUUUUUUUAUUUCUAUAUUUUUAUCGCUCUCUUAUUAUAUAUACCCAUUUGACAGUCUGAUAAUUAGUGAGUUUGGAAUUAAUUAGACGUAUACCAGAAAUUCAUAAUUUCGUAAUUGAAUUAUAUUCAUUUUCGUGAUAUUUAUCAUAUUUUUAUAUUAAUUUUAAUCCAGGCAGCUUUUAAGUUAUGUUUGUUUCCUGAUUUAAAUUAAUUAGCGUUUAUUAUUUUAUGUUGUAAAUACAUUAGUAAUUACGUUGAAUUUAGGAUGAAUGAUAUUGUGCCUCAUAAAAAAGACAGCUGUGCUAUAUAUUUUGUAUUUUAUUAUGCUUUAGAAUAUUAUUUGAUAUUAUUGAAAUUUUUAAACUUGCUAAAUUGCGAUAGAAUGAAAUUUUCAAUUUUUUUUUUUUAAAUUAUCGUUAUAUUGCAUUAUAUAUAUUAUAUUUAUUCAUACAUUAUGAUGUUGAAAUUGAUAAAAUAAUAAUUUUAAUAGAUUCAUUCUUAUAUUAAAACGAAUCUCAUAUGAAUUGCUGCUAAAAUAAUAGAAAUAAUUCAGUAAUAUGUUGCUAACAGUAUUUGUUAUAUAAUAUCAAGGAUUUAACUUGUAAUAACAGUAUUUUCCUAGCAUUGAAUUAGAUAUUGUAAGUUUUUUAGCAAUCAAUUAAUUUUCUGACGGUAAUAAAGCUUUACGAUGAAUCAAAAAGUUUAA